GUCAACAUACGCAUAAUCACACAGGACUUGAAGUCUCAGUCUGCGCUACAAAUCUAGCGCUUAAAGUGAUUGAUUCUCCUGUUCUCUUUUGACAUCUCAAACUCAAUCAACCAUAUCAAAAUGAAGCAUCUCGCAGCCUACCUUCUGCUCGGCCUGGCCGGCAAUACCUCCCCAUCUGCCAGCGACAUCAAGGAGGUCCUCAGCUCCGUUGGUGUUGAGGCCGACGAUGACCGUCUCGACCAGCUCCUCAAGGAGCUUGACGGCAAGGACAUCAAUGUCCUGAUCGCCGAUGGUGCUACUAAGCUUGCUUCCGUUCCCAGCGGAGGUGCCGGUGGUGCUGGUGCCGCCGCCGGUGGCGCUGCCGCUGGCGGUGCUGCUGCGGCCGAGGAGGCCAAGGAGGAGGAGAAGGUUGAGGAGAAGGAGGAGUCAGACGAGGACAUGGGCUUCGGUCUCUUCGACUAAGCGUGUGCGCUUUUAUCUGCAUUCCGGGAAAUCUACACGUCUGCUGGAGUUACAAUUGUGGGAAGCUGGAAGAAACGCCUCUGUUUGGGGUUGAGAACCAUGGGAA